UCUUCUGGAUCUUCAACGCGCGGGCCGUCCACCGUAAGAAUUGGGAGCCGGUGGAUGGAGUACCAGGGUGCCAACAACUGGCAUGGCCUUCUCGACCCACUCGACGACGCGCUCCGCUCCGAGAUCGUCCGCUACGGCGAGUUCGUCCAGGCUGCCUAUACUUCCUUCGACUUCGAUCCUACCUCCCCCUCCUACGCUGCCUGCCGCUUCCCCAAGGACUCCUUCUUCCGCCGCUCCGGCCUCCCCAGCACCGGCUACCGCGUCACCCGCAAUCUCCACGCCUCUUCCACGACCCGGCUCCCCCUCUGGGCCAGCUCCGCCCCCGCGUGGCUCUCCCGCCGCUCCGGCUGGAUCGGCUACGUCGCCGUCUGCCAGGACAAGGACGAGAUUGCCCGCCUCGGCCGGCGCGACGUCGUCAUCGCCUUCCGCGGCACCGCCACCUGCCUCGAGUGGCUCGAGAACCUCCGUGCCAGUCUCACCCACCUCCCUUGCCCCUUCCCACCGUCAGCCUCCCAGCCGGAGCCGAUGGUGGAGCGUGGAUUCUGGAGCCUCUUCACCUCCCCCGGCUCAGUCCGCCAGAGUCUCCGCGACGAGGUCCGCGACGAGAUCGCCCGGCUCCUCGAUGCCUACGGAGGCAAAGGUCACCCCCUCAGUCUCACAGUCACCGGUCACAGCCUCGGCGCAGCGCUUGCAGUGCUCACCGCUUACGACAUCACGGCGACAUUCCGACACGCGCCGAUGGUCACCGUGGUCUCGUUCGGCGGGCCACGUGUCGGUAACGCAAGCUUCCGCCGCCGGCUGGAAGAGCAAGGGAGCAAGGUUCUAAGGAUAGUGAACGCGCAGGACAUCAUAACCAAGGUUCCCGGUUUCGUCAUCGACGACGGCAAUGGGAAGAAUCAGGACGCCAAAGAAGGCAUGACACUGAGCUGGCUGCUGUCGAAGACUGGGUGGGUCUACGCCGACAUCGGCCGCGAGCUCCGUCUCACCGGUCGUCGGACGGCCAAUGUGGUGGCCUGCCACGACCUCAGCGUCUACCUCAACCUAGUGAACCAGCUCAGUACCAAGUGUCCUUUCCGGUCAUUAGCUCAUUAG